CAACUAAUAGAUUUAGAUUUUGAAAUUGACAACUGACAUGUCUAACCUAACUUAUUGCACCAUUUUUGAUUUUUUUUUUAAUUAUAUUUUACUUGUGUUAAAAUGCCUUCAGUGACAAAUCUAUGUUGUCUAUUAACGUGCCCCAACAGAUACGCGGUCAAUAUAAAUGCGAAGAAACACAGUCUUUUCAGAUUUCCAAAAGAUCGGCAAAGAUGCGAAGUAUGGCUGAAGUAUUGCGGUCGGGAAGACCUGAAGCAUCUUUCUCCAGAGGAAUUACAUAGGAAAAAUUACAGAGUCUGUAGCUUGCAUUUUGCUGGAGAAAUGUUUGCGGGCGUUCGACUGAAAAAAUUUGCAUUUCCCACAAUAAAAGGAGGGGAAGCUAUUUCUUUAGAUGAAGAGGCUGUUUGUUUAGUUGAGGAAGCUAUGUGUUCAGCUCCAGAAGCAGUCGCACAUCUACAAGAAUCUUCUGGAAAAGAAAUUGGUUCUGAAAAAACAGUAUUAAACAAUCCCGGAAUCUUUGCAAUUGGUCCUCCACUGAUAUCUUCGCAAGAAAGUUUCAACUGCUCAAUAAAUGCCAAUUCUUCAACAGUUUCUCUGCCAAUGGUGUCUCCGUUAGAAGAAUGUGAUUACUGGUUACGAAUACCCUAAGAUUUAAGUAAGGGGAAGACAAACAUCUUUAAGAUCAGUUAUGUGAAAAGAGGGCGAUUUUGAUCAACUUAAAGACAAAACGAUGAAGGAUUUUUUUAACAGAAAGGAAAUAUGUUUUAUCAAAAUCGACAUCAAAGUUGUGUUGUGCAAGUUUAUAAAAAGAAAAUAUGUAAAAUUCAUUUUCAGACUAAUGAACCACACCUUUUUUUAAAUAAAGAUCAU